AUGUCUCCACCGGGAUCAAUUAGCAAUCUAGACUGGGAACCCAGCUUCGACACAAUUGCCGUGCAUGGAGGACAAGAGCCUGACCCCAUCAAUGGUUCCAGAGCCGUGCCCCUUUACCAAACUGCUGCGUACAACUUUUCUGAUGCAGCGGAUGGGGCGAGUAAAUUCGCCUGGUCGAGAGAUGGAUACGUCUACACACGUAUGGGAAACCCCACAAACACUGUCUUCGAGACUCGAAUGGCUAUGCUAGAAGGUGGUGUAGGCGCUGUAGCCACGGCGUCCGGUCAUGCAGCUCAGUUCAUGGCCUUGACUCAAUGUUGUGAACCUGGACACAAUUUUAUCAGCACUAGCUGGCUAUACGGCGGAAGCUUCAACCAAUUCCGAGUAUAUUUGAGCAAAUUCAAGAUCAACGUUAAGUGGGUGGUUGGAAACGACCCCGCGAAAUUCGAUGAAGCAGUAGACGAGAAUACCCGGGCCAUUUACAUUGAGACCAUCAGCAACCCUAAGCACAGUGUCCCCGAUAUUGCGGCGAUUGCCGCCGUGGCGCAUAAACAUGGCAUUCCUCUGGUCGUCGACAACACUUUCGGCAUGGGCGGCUACCUAUGUCAACCCAUCAAACUUGGUGCCGAUAUUGUUACCCAUUCUGCCACAAAAUGGAUCGGUGGCCACGGUACCAGCAUGGGUGGCAUCGUGAUUGAUGGCGGCCAUUUCGACUGGAGCGCAUCAGGGAAGUUCCCUGGUUUCACCGAACCCGCUGAGGGUUAUCACGGAAUGAGAUUCUGGGAAACGUACGGGAAUAAGGCUCUGGCGGCCAAGGUGCGAAUGGACAGCAUGCGUGAUCUCGGACCAUGCAUGAGUCCCUUCAAUGCAUGGCUAUUCCUUCAAGGCCUUGAGACAAUUUCGCUGCGUGGUCAGCGAACCGUCGAAAACACGCAGAAACUUGCAGAGUGGCUUGAGUCCCACCCAUGCGUUAGCUGGGUUUUGUAUCCCGGCUUAAAAUCGCAUCCCGAUUAUGAGUUGGCAAAGAAGGUCAUGCCUAAGGGAGCCGGUGGCGUCUUGACUUUUGGAGUGGCCGGCAAAGUCGAACAAGUCCGAGCCGUGGUCGAUAAUCUCAAAAUGGCUAGCCACUUAGCCAACGUCGGAGACUGCAAGACGCUCAUCAUUCACCCUUGGGUGACAACACAUCAACAGAUGCCCGAUGAUGAGAAGAUCAAAGGUGGCGUUACGCCCGACCUUUUGCGUGUCAGUCUGGGUAUCGAAGAUUUCGAAGACAUCAAGCGCGAUUUCGAGCAAGCCUUCAAGGCUGCGGGAUUAGAAGAGGCGGACAAGACUGGCAUAGAUCCCUUCCAGACAGCCAUGAAUCUCGUAAGUGGCGGUUUCAUGGGCAAGUUAGCGACAGGAGCGCCAAGACCCGGCACGGACGGUACCAUACAAUCCUAG